UCGUUUUCCGCCUAUCACAAAAUUCUAACCCACAAAAAAUCUAAAAAAUAUAAAAUUAAAAUUUCAAAAACCUACAAAAAAGCAUCCAAGAAUGACUCAGUUAAGCGAGUUCGCCCUGGACAGCCACUUUGCCUCCGAGCUGCGCAGCCUGCAGUUGUAUUCCAAGGAGCACCCUGUCAGCCAAGAUGACCACGACAUAAGUCAGCGUUGGAUGCAGCACUUCCAAAACGCCAAGGGUUUGGAUAAAUUCGCACGAAACUGCAUGCUGCUGAUGAUGUGCGAACAGUUGCGAGAUCUUGGCCACUUGAGCAAACCCUUCACCGAACUGAAGAACUUGAGUCGCCCCAUGGACGAUUUGCUGAACGAGUACCAUGGGACGACUACUGUGGAGGAGGGGCAAAUGUCGCCGGUUGAAGAUAUUGAGGACUCGGACACCAAUGUCUCCAACUAUGGCAGUGGCAGUAGUUCUUUCUCCCCUGGGGUGCCCUAUCCCAUUUCCACGCCCGAGUUCGAGAGCAUUAAGCGGUCUAACCAGGAUCUGCUUAAGGAAAUCGACUCGCUGCACUGUCGCACGGUGGAAGCGGAAAAGCUAUACCUUAGCAGGAGCCAAAUUCUGGAGAAGCAGAUUGCCGAGAAGUCGGCGUUGGCCAAAACGAAACUUCCCCAGGAGGGUAUCUAUCAAUCCUGCCGUGCGGCCUGCCAGCUUCUGAAAAAAUGGCCAGGCGAGUCAGUGCGACUCAAUUUUCUGACCACCUGCCUGGAGCCCUUUCUGCGGAACGAUAUGAUCACCAGCUUGCAGAUCUCCGAGUUGGAUCUCAGUUUCGAGAAUACUCUGAAUGCCAUGGUGAAACGGGCCUGCUCGCGAAGGGACGACAAUGUCCGCAUGCUAUAUGACCAAAUUUUGUGCCAGGAAAAGAACGACCUGAAGGAGAAGGAGGACAAGGUGCGACGAUUACAGGAAUCCACAAGGUUGGAGCGCCAAAGAUUGCGCGCUCUAGCCGAGGACUUGAAACGUCGAGAGAAUUUCAUUUGGAGGCACCAGGCCGUCGCCACACUGGCAGUUGCAGGACUUUCCUCCGAUGACCAACGCAGUCCCAGUUCCACUAACUUAAAGUGUGACUCAUGUCUGAAAGAAAUGUCCAUUAGAAAAGGACCUCUGGAUCCCAUAGGCAGGAGCAGCAAAGGUGAAAAAACCAAUGAUGUCGUGGAUCUGGAGAAGUUAUCUGACGCACUGAGCGAUAUGUCCAUAGACAAAUGGUAAUCCUCUAGCGACAGCACACUUUUAUAAAUAUAUAUAUUUUUAUUUUCCUGUUGGCAUCAAUAAAUCGUUGAGUUGCUUU